CUGGAAAUAAAGAGACCUGCAACUUGAAGUGGAAGAGAAAUAAAGCUUUCAUCUGAAUUUCUUUCUUGUGAGAGAAAAAAGAGUGAGGAAAGAUGGCCAUUGUUGAGUCCAUUGUCGAGCUCCUUCUCCCAAAACUCGCUGACCCAAUCCUUCAAGAAGCCAUUUUCUUAUGUAGCGUUGGUGAUCAAGUCAAAUGGCUCGAGGCGGAAUUUAAGCGGAUGCAAUACUUCUUGAAAGACGCAGACGCAAAACAAGAAGGAGAUGAAAGAGUGAAGAACUGGGUGGGGGAAGUGAGAGAUGUUGCAUAUGAUGCUGAGGACGUCAUCGACACCUUUCUCUUCAAGGUAGAAAGCUUGAGGCGAACUGGAUUUGUGGGCUGCAUUAAAAGGUACGCUUGCAUCUUCAAUGAAUUGAAACCUCGCCAUGAGGUGGGAUCGAAGAUCGAGCGAAUAAAGGCUAAAAUCCGUGCGAUCUCUGAAAGUAGAUCGACGUAUGGAAUUGAAAAUAUAGGCCAAGGAGCAGGAACGAGCUCUUCCGGUCUAAGCCUCCAAGAAUGGAGGCUCACUUCUCCUCUUUCUCAAGAAACAGAUUUUGUUGGCUUUGAGAAGGAAUUGGAGAUGUUGGUGGCCCAGUUAACAGAGGGAGAGCUGCGACGUUGUGUUGUUUCUGUAGUAGGAAUGGGUGGUCUCGGUAAGACCACUCUUACUAAGAAACUUUAUAACGCUAAUACUGUUAAGAAACAUUUCCAUACUCAUGCAUGGAUUUCUGUAUCACAAGAGUAUUCUGCGAGAGAUCUUUUGCGGGUCUUUGUAAGACGUUGGAGGGUGGUAUCUGACAAAGCAGCGGAGAAAUUGAACAUUGCUGAGCUGAGGGACAAGAUUUCCGAGUAUCUGAACGACAAGAGAUACUUGGUGGUCUUGGAUGAUAUAUGGAAAAGGGAAGCAUGGGAUGCUUUGAAGGAUGCAUUUCCGGAUGUGAAUAAUGGCAGUAGGGUCAUGCUCACCACACGAAUCAAAGACGUUGCUUCAUAUGCAGAUCGACGAAGCCAGCCCCACGAACUUCGAUUUCUAACCAAUGAAGAGAGCUGGGAUUUGUUCUGUAAAAAAACAUUCGCAGGACAAGAUGUGGGUUGGCCGCAGGAUUAUUUGGAGAAGCUGGGAAGAGAGAUUGUGGAAAAAUGUCAUGGUCUCCCUCUUGCUCUCGCAGUCAUUGGAGGGCUCUUAUCAGGAAAGGAACCAAGGGAGUGGGACAAUGUACGCAAGAGCAUCAGCUGGCAGUUUGUCGAGGGAGAAGUCCAAAUCUCCAGCAUAUUAUCUUUAAGCUAUAAAGAUUUGCCUUAUUACUUAAAACCAUGUUUUCUCUACCUGGGAAAUUUUCCAGAGGACUACGAGUUCCAUGCCAAUGAAUUGAUUGGACUGUGGGCCGCAGAAGGGUUUCUUAAAGAAAGAGGGGAACUAACAUUGGAAGAAGUUGGAGAAGAUUAUAUGAUGCAGUUGGUUCAGAGAAGUAUGGUUCAAUUGACAAGAAGAAAUUCAAGCAGGGGUAUCAAAAGCUGUCGUAUCCACGAUCUUUUGCGUGAUCUGUCCAUAUCAGAAGCUAAGGAAAGCAAGUUUCUCGAAGUUCGCCGUGACAAUGGGAAUGCUCCUUCCGCAUCUAGAGCCCGUCGACUUGCAAUUCACCUUAAUGAGCCAAAGUACAUUUCCUUAAGUAGUUCCCAUCCGCACCUUCGUUCUGUGUUGAUCUACAUCCAAGGCUAUGCAUCGCUUCAAAAGGAACAAAGCAAGUUUCUAUUCCAAGGCUUUAAGUUGCUUAGGGUGCUAUAUCUAGCUGGUGUAGAAAUAAGAGAGCUACCGAAGCAAAUAGGUGAACUAAUCCAUUUGAGAUAUCUCAGGUGUACUAAAACUGAGUUAGAAACCCUCCCUUCAUCGAUAGGCAAUCUUAUCAAUUUACAAACUCUAUUUGUACAAUCCAGUAAUAAAAUUGGAGUACCUGAGACAAUUGGGAAGAUGCAUCAGUUAAGACAUCUUCGAUUACCCGGGAACAAACCGCAGAUAAUUAUGUCUACGGGAUCAGUGAUAGAAGAGCGACAUUUUGGAGUGAUACGAUGGCAUACGAGGGUCGACCUGAUUAGUAACCUCCAGACUCUAUCUGGAGUAUAUGCUGGCAAAUGGAUGGAGGGUUGCUUGGGAAAGCUCACCAAUCUUAGAAAAUUAAAAAUAUUUUUCAAAACAGGAGCUUAUGCUCAGUUAUUAUCUGAGGCGAUUGUCAAUCUGAACUGCCUCCAUCAUCUGUGGGCGCGGAUGUCAGUACCGAUACGUAUUUUUGAAGGCAGUGCCAAAGUUUUGCCGUUACCUAAUCUUUCACAUCUUCUCAAGUUAAGUAAGUUGUAUUGGGGAGGAAAGCUAGAUACGUUCCCUGAAUUUCCAACAAAUCUCACCAAACUCACCUUGGAAUGGUCCGGUUUAAAGGAAGACCCAAUGGCGACGUUGGAGAAGCUGAAAAGCCUUCGCAUUCUCAAAUUGCUCGGUGCUUCAUAUGAUGGAGUGGAAAUGGCUUGCUCUGCACAAGGGUUUCCUCAACUCGAAUCCUUACAUCUUCAAGCGUUAUGUAAUUUAAAGGAGUGGAGAGUGGAGGAAGGAGCUAUGCCAAGUCUUUUACAUUUAUGGAUAGGUGACUGCAAGCAAUUGAAGAAACUUCCAGAAGGCCUGCAACACGUGACUACCCUCAAGAAAUUGGAGCUGUGGUGGAUGCGUGACGAAUUCAAUGCAAGGGUUCGAGAAGACGGGGGAGAGGAUUGGUAUAAGAUCCGGCACAUACCCUCCAUCGACAUACAACAGAUGAUUAGAUUCGAAGCAUUCGGACUUUAAUUUCUAUCAUUAUGAGAGGCAUUUUUCUCACAACAGAUAUUGCACUGACCUGCAUGUGACUAGAGGAAGCGAAGAAUGGUGGAAUGGUGACUAGACAGUGAUGAGAUGUUUGGAUGAUCAUUUGUAUUUGUAAAUCAAGGAUUCAUGUACUUUCUGUUUGAGAUCUUUCAAUAAGGAACCAUGCACUAAUAUUCGUUACAUGCUCUGCAUUUUAAUUGGAGGAAAUUGUUCAUUGGUGUUUGACUCGUUUCACUGUAUGCAUUAUUUGCCUGUAAUAUGUUAGUUGAAAAUUGAAAUAAGAAGCAAUUUCUUUACAGCGUAGGUUUGGGAGGGCUUCCACUAUUUUUCUGCUUUAGGGAUUACACAUCUCAAAGGCUUGAAGCAUUAGUGAGUUCUAGCGUGCAUCCAGAUUGGGCCAAUCAUUUCAAUAGUUUGGAUCACUGAACUACACGCUCCAUUGCUCUGAAACAGUGAUCCAAACCAUCUAAUCACUCCAUAGGAAAUAGGUAAACCAUAUCUAUCAUACUAGAAAAGUUCCAUAAUUCUCUAGACCAUCCAUCAUGCGAGGCCCACAAGGAAAUUAAGGGACAAUGCAUAUUUAUUAUUGUAGAAAAUGCAUAACCAUUGUCUAUCAUACAAGGCCAUCUUUGAUUGUCCUCUCUCUCUCUCUCUCUCUCUCUCUCUCUCUCUCUCUCUUUCUUUC